AUGGCCUCACGGCCUCAGGUCUUUAAGCCUCUGGUGACAGUCAUUGGCGCCACAGGAACAGGAAAGUCGGAUCUAGCAGUAGAAUUAGCUCGCAAAUUCAAUGGAGAGAUCAUAAAUGGGGAUGCUAUGCAGCUUUAUCAUGGCCUGCCAGUCAUCACAAACAAGAUAACGCAGGGUGAGCGAAAGGGCAUUCCUCACCAUUUGCUGGGCUGCAUCGGGCUCGAGGAAGAGACAUGGUCUGUGGGAAAAUUUGUUGAAAGAGCCUUGACAGUAAUUGAAGAGAUCAGGAGCCGAGGAAAGGUGCCUAUCUUAGUUGGAGGUACACACUAUUAUACCCAGUCUCUCCUCUUUCAAGACACACUCUCAGACCAACCUCUGCUUGAUUCGGAAGAUCGAUCACAGCAGUUUCCUAUCCUUGACGAAUCGACAGAUGUCAUUCUCCAACGGCUUAAGGAGGUUGAUCCGGUCAUGGCAGAUCGGUGGCACCCCAAUGACCGUCGCAAAAUCCAGCGGUCUCUGGAGAUAUAUUUGCGAACGGGAAAGCCUGCAUCUCAGAUAUAUGAUGAACAGCGAUCAAAACGUGCUAAUCCGUCUAGUACAGCGGAGUGCCCGGGAAUGGAAACCACAGAGGAAGAAACUGGCCUGAGAUUUCCCACUCUUAUAUUUUGGGUCCAUGCUUCUAAAGAUGCCUUACAUCGUAGGCUAGAUGCUCGCGUUGAUCGAAUGAUAGAAAACGGGCUUUUAGACGAGGUACAGAUGCUAUCAGACUUCAAAGCAUCCCAUGAGACCCAGACAGGCCAAGCAAUAGAUCAGACACGGGGAAUCUGGGUAUCAAUUGGCUAUAAAGAAUUCCUAGAGUACCAGGCGCAUCGAUUGGACUCGCAUAUACCAGAUAAGGUUCUUCAAAAGACCAAAGUCACCGCCAUUGAGAAGACACAAGCGGCCACACGACAAUAUGCAAAUCGCCAGCUAAGGUGGAUACGCAUUAAGUUUCUGAAUGCGCUAUUAAGCGCUCGUCAGAAGAAUAAAUUGUUUCUUCUGGACGGCUCGGAUCUCUCGCAAUGGAAUACACAGGUCAUUGCGCCCGCCUUGGAUGUCACAAGUUCAUUUCUUUCGAACCAACCGCUUCCCGAGCCUACUACUCUAUCCGAAACAGCUUGCGAGCUACUCAGCCCUAAGAGAGACUAUGAUCUGGGACAGCGUCCUGAUCUUUGGCAGAAGAAGACAUGCGAUGCAUGUGGAACUGUGUCAGUUACCGCGAAUGAUUGGCAUCUGCACAUCAAAAGUCGGGGGCAUAGGAGGAUGGUAGCAGCAGAGAAGAAACAGAAGCAUUUUAGACAAGCAGGUGGGGAGAAAACAAAUGAGGACAUGCUGGACCUUAUGGAGGACUACCAGCAAUAA